UGGUGAGCGAAAGUGUGAAGCCCAGAAGAAGAAAGAAGAGAGGGUUUUGUUUCUCCCAUUCUCUCGCAUCUUCCUUCACUCCGUAUUUUGCAAUGGCGGCGAAGAGGGUGGGUUUGCCUCUGAUGAAGUACUUGAGAGUGAACGUGGUCGGUGCUCUGCCGCACCAGUACCAAUCUCCGUUCUCCUCCACCUCCGUCUUCCUUCGCCGCUUCAGCGAAGAGGUUAGGGGUUCCUUCCUCGACAAAUCCGAGGUCACAGAUCGCGUCGUCUCCUGCGUCAAAAACUUCCAGAAAGUUGACCCAUCCAAGGUUACCCCCAAUGCUCAUUUCCAGAAUGACCUUGGAUUGGAUAGUUUAGAUUCUGUAGAGAUCGUGAUGGCUCUUGAGGAAGAAUUUGGAUUUGAGAUUCCUGAUAAUGAAGCGGACAAGAUCAACUCCAUUAAACUUGCAGUUGACUUCAUUGCAUCUCACCCUCAGGCAAAGUAGUGGAACCCUUGAGGCUUGGUGUAUAAUUUUAUUUUUGUUCAUCAUAAAGUAGUGUAGAACCAGCCAUCGAAUUUUAAGACGUUUUCCCUCCUUGUCUGCUUCUAAAAUGGAACUUCAUUUUGUCAUCCCUCUAAAUCCCAGAUGUGUGUUAACUGGGGAUGUGCCAACUUGAGUGCCACUUUACUUUUAGUAAUAUUGGCAUCGCAGAGCUUUGAAUUUUAUAUUCCCCCAUUAUUCAUGUCAAUAAAAAUUGGGUGUUAAUUUUUUUUACUACAAAA